AUUCAUGCAUUCAUUCUUUCAAGUUAUUGUUAACUAUUUGAUCAAAAACUAAUAAUUCUGUAAAAUAUAUCUAUAUAUAGCUUUGUCCACCUCAUUCCAUUGAGUAUCAAACAUGGAUUCCCCUUCCUCUUUGCACUUAGCAAUGUUUCCUUGGUUUGCUAUGGGACACUUUACUCCAUAUCUUCACCUCUCUAACAAACUUGCCAAAAGAGGACACAAAAUCUCUUUCUUCAUUCCCAAAAAUACACAAACCAAAUUACAACAUCUCAACCUUAACCCAAACCUCAUCACCUUUUUCCCUCUCAAUGUUCCUCAUGUUGAUGGCCUUCCUCAUAAUGCUGAAACAUCUUCAGAUGUACCCUUUUCUUUAGUCCCUCUUAUUGCUACAGCCAUGGACCAAACUCAGAAUCAAAUUGAACUUCUUCUAAAGAAACUAAACCCACAAAUAGUUUUCUUUGAUUUCCAAUAUUGGCUCCCAAACUUGACUCAAAAACUAGGUAUCAAAAGUCUUCAAUACUGGAUAGCUAGUCCUUUUUCUAUAUCUUACUUUUGGAAUGGACCAAGACGAAGCCAAGGAAAAGGAUUAACAGUAGAUGAUCUCAGAAAACCACCUUCAAACUACCCUGAUUCAUAUAUCAAGCUUCAUCAACAUGAACUUGAGUUUCUAUCUUCAUCAAGGAAACUAGUAUUUGGAAGUGGUGUAUUACUAUACGACCGUUUGCACAUAGGUACAAGUUCAGCAGAUGCAAUCGGUUUUAAAGGUUGCAGAGAAAUCGAUGGACCAUAUGCUGAAUUCCUUGGAAAUUUUUAUGAUAAACCAUCUCUUCUUUCAGGUCCUCUAUUACCAGAACCACCAACAACUUCUCUAGAUGAAAAAUGGGUAUCAUGGCUUAAGGGAUUCAAACAUGGUUCUGUGGUUUUCUGUGCAUAUGGAAGUGAAGGUCCAUUAGAAAAAAAUCAGUUUCAAGAGCUGUUGCUAGGUCUUGAGUUAACCGGCUUUCCGUUUCUUGCAGCACUUAGGCCACCUAAUGGAUUUGAGACUAUUGAAGAAGCUUUACCUGAAGGGUUCAGUGAAAGAGUUGAAGGAAAAGGGAUUGUUUAUGGAAGUUGGAUUCAACAGCAACUGAUUUUGGAACAUCCUUCUGUUGGAUGUUUCAUAACACACUGUGGAGCUGCUUCUGUAACUGAGGGGCUAGUUAACACGUGUCAGUUGGUAUUGUUGCCACGUGUAGGUGUUGAUCAUAUAAUGAAUGCAAGAAUGGUGAGUGAGAAAUUGAGAGUUGGUGUGGAAGUUGAGAAAGGUGAUGAAGAUGGACUGUUUACAAGAGAAAGUGUGUGUGAAGCUGUGAAGAUUGUGAUGGAUGAUGAGAAUGAGGUUGGAAGAGAAGUGAGAAAAAAUAAGAAUGAAUUAAGGAAGUUUUUGUUGAGUGAGAAUUUAGAGUCUUCAUGUGUUGAUAGUUUCUGUGAAAAGCUUCAAGGUUUGAUAUAAAUUUCUGAGUUUUAAUAUCAUAAACUUGUUGCUGUGAGUUAUAAUUUUGCACAUAAUUGUACUAUUGUUGUUAUUAUUGUGUUUUUAUUAUUAUUAUUAUUAUUAAUCUUUGUGUUUUAUGUGAUAAAAAGAUUAAAUAUAUUUAAGUAAA